GUUCUCCUGAACGAAAAGCCUCUCACCCUAAACUGCCACGAAACCAAGUAAAUUAUGGCUCCAAUCACUGCAGUAAUCGACAAGAUCACCGCCGGCGAUAGCGUCAUUAAACUCUUCUACUCCACCGGAAAAGCCCAGCUCGGUCUUGCGUUAUGGUCAGGCACAAAAGAUGCAGAUCCUGAGAACCCCAUUCAGACGCCUCAGGAAGUUGGAAAUGACCAGUACAUCCUCAAUCCAUCUCAGAUGGCAAGCGUCAAUUCCCAAGGCGUAGAAAGGGUCUUUGCUCUUACAACAGACAACCCUUUCAAAGUCACCCCAAAUGAUUCGUACAGUCUAUCAGAGAUUUCCGAGUCAAACCAGAAGGAACUCCAGAGUGUGUCCAUUGGCAACACUACGCUGGCUGCCUGUGGGGAUGGUGACAAUGCUUGGGUCUACUAUAGCAGGAACAUGGGUAACGGCAGAACCCUUGUAGAAUUGGACCUCCAGACUUCACGGAGCACUGACCUCACAUGGACCCAUGAUCUCUGGAUCAACUCUUUCGCCGCUGCUUGGUACGAUGACACAACUGGGAAACGCUGCGUAAUUUACGAGGGGAGUUACCUUGUAGAUUAUGUCGUCGACAGCGGCUCACCCGGCACUGCAAUAUCCUCAACUGGAGACAUGCAGCGCAACACUCCAGUAGCCGUCGCAUUUGACAAUGGCAAAGUCUUUCUUUACUACUGUGGCAGAGGCGCCGCCGGUGGCAUUCGGCGCACCAUCAGGACUGACAAUACUUGGGGUACCUCUACACUUAUUGAUAGUCGUACCAUUUCUCAGGAUAGCCAGCUCACUGUGGUGAGGGCCAAUGGCAUUAAUCAUUUGUUCUUUGUGGCGAGGGAUCAGAAUGAGGAGGAGGAUGAUUACUUUGUGCAUUACCCGGAUGAGAUCAAUUAGUUUGAAUAGCUGGCAAUCAAAACUCAGAGAGCA